AUGUUCGUACGCGACCCGCAGGUACUUGUGGUGUGCAACCCGGCCAACACGAUUGCUCUGGUCUGCUCCAAGUAUGCGCCCUCUAUUCCCAAGGAGAACUUCUCCGCCUUGACGCGCCUCGACCACAACAGAGCCAAGAUGCAGAUUGCGCAGAAGCUAAAGGUGACGGCUGGGGACGUGCGCAACGUGAUCAUCUGGGGCAACCAUUCCUCCACCCAGUUCCCGGACGCUAGCCACGCGUCGGUGACCGUCAACGGUCGGAGCGUCAAGGUCACCGAUGCCAUAAAAGACGAAGCCUAUUUUCAGGGCGAAUUCCUCACCAUGGUGCAGGAGCGCGGAACCGAAGUUUAUGAGGCGCGCAAGCUCACCAGCGCCAUGUCGGCAGCUAAGGCGGCGGCUGACCACGUGCACGACUGGUGGCACGGCACCCCUGAGGGCGAGUGGGUCUCCAUGGCAGUAAUGAGCGACGGUUCGUACGGGUCACCGGUCGACGUGGUUUUCAGCUACCCUGUGCAGAUCGAUGCCCACCGGCGCUGGCGCAUCGUGGACGGACUGUCCAUGUCGGACUUUGCCCGGGGCAAGCUCGAGGUCUCUGGCAAGGACCUUGUCGAUGAGCGCAAUGAGGCGCUGGCCGUCUGCAAGGACUGA